CAUUCAACAUUCUCUCCAUUACUCUCCAUUUUCUUCCAUCUCUCUCACAAUCACAAAUGGCCGAAGAAACACAAACAAAAUGGGAAGGAAAGGCCACGGCGGAGCUCAAAAGCUCAACAGCAGAGCAGAUAUGGCCUUUCCUGGAGGAAUUCUGCAACUUAGACAAGUUCUUUCCUGACGUGGAUACAUGUUACCGAGUAGAGGGAACUCCAGGUCAGCCUGGCCUGGUCCGUUAUUGUGCAGGCAAACUUGGAUGGGCCAAAGAGAAGCUUUUAACCAUUGAUCCGACCAACCGCUGCCUAAGCUACGAGGUCCUUGAAGGUAGUUUUGGGUUCAAGAACUACUUGGCCACUGUCAAAGUCUUGCCGAUGGAGGGUGAUGGUAAACCUGCAGGGUGCAAGAUCGAGUGGUCGUUUAUAGCUGAUCCGUUUGAAGGGUGGAGAUUGGAAGAUUUCGGUUCUUAUCUUGAUAAUUGUCUGCAAUUCGUGGCAAACAAAUUGGAGGAUGCUAUAAAGGCUCAAAUCUAGAGGGUAAGAUUUCCCGUUGAAUAGUAUUAAAAUGUUACCUAGCUGCAUGUAUGUUACUCGAUGGAAGUUCGGGAUCUUUAAAUAAUCUCUGGUGCCUUAUUGCAGUCAAGCUUGGAAUGAUAUUUUUGAUAAUUUCCAUUUUA